AUGCCAUCAGAAUUAUCUCCCAGUCAACCUGUAAUGAAACCAGCCAACACAUCACAAGUUAUCCUGGUCACCGUAAAAACGGGGCGGAGCGCUAUCGGCUCGGGUAGUUUUUCAACCGGUCCCGGACAAAAAGCCGCUAAUGAGUCCGUCCCCGGGCGAGGGCGGCGCCUUAUCCCGGCCCUUUGUCUGGCCCGUCCCCUUCCGCACCUUUCAAGAUGCGGAGGACGCCGAUCAGCGGCGGCGACGACAAUGGCGCGCUCAUUAAGAAAAUGUUCCGGGAUAGAAUCGAACCCCGCUGUCGGCCGCACUAGCCAGGGCUCCGAUUACGCGUCGAUGUGGGUACCACUAGGUGGUGCGACGCGCGGUGGCAAAUCACACGUGCAAACUUCACCG